AUGGGAUCCGUAUACAGCAUGGAAAGUCUCGCGUUCUGGGGAUUAGUCCUCGGCAUUCUUGGCCUUGUGCUUUCCAACAUUAGCCUCAGGCUAUCCCUGCUUGCGGAGCAGAAGCAAAACAGUAGAGCUCGCGAGGCCGGAUUACAAAUUACUCAACUCUAUGUGUACCCUGUAAAAGGUAUUAGAGGAUGUGCCAUGAGUGAAGCCCGCCUGAGUCCAUACGGCUUUGAAGGCGACAGAACCUUUUGCCUACAGAAAGUACGUCAGAAUGAAGGCUCGGAGCCUUCCUACGAGACAAUGUUGAUUGGAUACGACCUGAAACUAGCUCUCUUCGCGGCGUCCAUUGACUACGACAAUGGACAAGUGGUUGUCAAAUGGACUGGGGAUAAGACUGACGAUAGCAUUCAAUUCCCAAUGAAACCGUCAAUUGUUGGCCGUAAAACGAUAGAUACCAAUCUUCACAUGAGUAAGACCAAGGCUUAUGAUAUGGGAGAUGAGCUAUCGAAAUGGUUUUCAGAUCGGCUCGCUCAAGACGUUCGACUAGUCUACAUCGGCAACCAGUCCAGGGAUGUUCUUGGAUCAUUGGCUCCUCACAGCUCUGGUGCCUUGAAGACAGGGUUUUUCAUGCGGCGGAUCAUGAACUCCAUCCCACUUUUCUCAUAUCCACCAGAGCGGAUCGCCUUUAACGAUCUCGCCCACUAUCUAGUUGUCACGGAGGAGUCUAACGAUGAAGUAUCUUCUCGGCUUGACGAUGGCCUUUCCAUGGACAUCACCAAAUUCCGACCAAACAUCGUUGUCCGCGGCGCUUCUCGACCCUUCGCCGAAGAUUUCUGGGGAGAACUUACCUUUGAAGGCGGAGUUACGAUGGACUUGACAGCAAACUGCUUCCGAUGUCAGAGCAUAACCGUUGACUACGAGACCGGAAAAACAGCUACCGAUGACCGCGGCAAGGUGUGGAAGAAGCUCAACAAGGAUCGAAGAGUGGACAAGGGUGCCAAAUACAGCCCAGUCUUUGGGCGAUAUGGAUUCUGCUAUGGUAGCGACAUAAAUAAGUCCUUGACCGUUGGGCAACGAGUUGAUGUCAGCGGCAUUAAUGAACAGAGAACGACGUUCGAUUGGCCGCAUCUGACCACGUUUGGUGUUUCAGAGAAGAAAUAA